AAAAAAAAAAAAGAGAGAGAGAGAAAGAGAGAAACGGCAAAAUUCAUACGCUAUGCACUUGUAAGUCGUAGACAUUUUACCCUGAAAAGCUUCCUCGCUUGUAUGUUAGACUUCGCCGUCAAACCAACGCCGCUGGACCAGCCAUUCUACCCGCUGCCUAAAGAAACGAAGGGAACAAUAAACAAUAGAGCUUAAUGCAUGCUAAUCUCUCACUAUCUCCACCAACUCCAAUUCUGCGCCAAACGCCGAACCCCGUUAAUUGCCAAGAAACUCCAUGCUCAAGUCAUCAAAAUAGGCAUAUACGAAACCAAACCCAUACCGAAUACUAUUCUCGAUGUUUAUGGAAAAUGUGGCCUUCUUCAAUAUGCAGAUUACAUGUUCGACGAAAUGCCCAACAGAGACCAAGUCUCUUGGGCCUCCAUUCUCACUGCAUACAACCAAGCCAACCUCCCUAAUAGAACUCUGUCCAUUUUCCCUAACAUGUUUAUAUGUGAUAUGUUGCAACCCGACCAUUUUGUGUAUGCGACUCUUGUUAAGGCAUGUGCCAGCUUAGGCGCUAUAAGGCAAGGGAAGCAAGUGCAUGCGCAAUUUGUUUUAUCGCCAUUUUAUGAUGAUGAUGUUGUUAAGUCGUCUUUAGUUGAUAUGUAUGCAAAAUGUGGAUUACCCAAUAUUGCUCGUGAUAUUUUUGAUUCUAUUUUGGCGAAAAGUCCAGUUUCUUGGACUGCAAUGAUAUCUGGGUAUGCCACGAGUGGAUUAAAGGAAAAGGCUAUGGAACUGUUUUCCAUGGCGCCAGUGAGGAAUUUAUAUUCCUGGACUGCUCUAAUAUCUGGGUUAGUGCAGAGUGGAAAUGGGAUUGAUGGUUCUUACUUAUUUCUUGAAAUGAGAAGAGAAGGAAUUGAUAUAGUGGACCCUUUAGUUCUUUCAAGCGUUAUAGGUGCUUGUGCUAAUUUGGCUGUACUGGAGUUUGGAAAGCAGAUUCAUGGCCUUGUCAUAGCACUUGGCUAUGAGUCAUGCUUGUUUAUAAGUAAUGCUCUUGUUGAUAUGUAUGCAAAAUGUAGCGAUUUUUUAGCAGCCAAAUACAUUUUUGCUCAAAUGAUCCGUAAAGAUGUUGUUUCUUGGACUUCUAUGAUAGUCGGGGCAGCUCAGCAUGGAAGAGCCAGUGAAGCUUUAGAUUUAUAUGAAAAAAUGGUUUUAGCUGGAGUAAGACCAAAUGAGGUGACCUUUGUUGGAUUGAUUUAUUCUUGCAGCCAUGCUGGGUUAGUUGACAAAGGCCGAGAACUUUUUAACACCAUGAUUGAUGAUUAUGGAAUUAAACCUUCAUUGAGACAUUUCACUUGCUUAUUAGACCUUCUUAGCCGAUCUGGGCACCUUGAUGAGGCUGAAAAUCUCAUUACUGCAAUGCCAUUUAAGCCUGAUGAACCUACAUGGGCAGCUUUACUAAGUGCUUGCAAGCACCAUCGAAAUACCCAAAUGGGGCUUAGAAUUGCCAAUAAGCUGUUGAGCUUGAAUCCAGAAGAUCCUUCAACCUAUAUACUGUUAUCUAAUGUUUAUGCUGGUGCAGGAAUGUGGGAAAAAAUGUCGACAGUGAGGAAGUUGAUGGCAGCCAAGGAAGUCAAAAAGAAACCGGGUUAUAGCACCAUUGCCUUGGGGAAGGAAAUUCAAGUAUUUCUUGCUGGGGAGUCAUGUCACAUUAUGAAGGAUGAAAUAUUUGGUUUGCUUAAGGAGUUGGAAGGGGAGAUGAGAAGAAGAGGUUAUGUUCCUGAUACUAGUUCUGUUUUACAUGACAUGGAAGAGCAAGAGAAAGUGAGGCAGCUUUUUUGGCAUAGUGAGAGAUUGGCUGUGGCAUAUGGCCUGCUCAAGUCUGUUCCUGGAUCGAUCAUUCGUAUAGUGAAAAAUCUUCGCAUUUGUGGAGAUUGCCAUACUGUUCUCAAAUUCAUUUGCAGUAUUGUACAAAGAGAAAUCAUUGUGCGAGAUGCCACCAGGUAUCAUCAUUUCAAGGAUGGAAGGUGUUCGUGCAACGAUUUUUGGUGAUUAUUUGAUGCAAAUCUUGCCCUUGCCUCUCUAUUUUUAGUUAUUCAAGACUCUAAAAAUGGAAAAGACUACUGCCUUCAUUAGGCUGUUAUAGUAGGUCUCCUUGGCUGUGCAUGUCACUCUUUCAAUGCAUUUAUAGAAAGUAAAAUAGAAUUUCUUGCUGCUGUUUCUGUUGUAACAAGAACAUGUACAACAGGAUAUUUCUGGGCAGAAUUAUAAAGAUCUUGAAUUGCAUCCCAUCCUUAUGCCGCGAUUAUAAGAUAAACAAGAAAAGAAAAGAAUGUAUCGCAACUAUAUAUUGGCCGCGAUCUUGCACAUGUACAUCAAAUUUUUUCUUUUUGUUUGAAAUAUCCAAUAAAGUUGUCAGAUUGCAUUAUA